GGCUCAGCCCGGCCCGGCCGUUACCAACCGCCGCCCCCUUGACGGAACCCUCGCGAGAACCGACUGUGAUCGAUCGCUCUCGCGAUACCUGAGAGCGGCUGGGCCCUUCAGAGUGCGGUGAUCAGUGGUGACGCCAUCAGCUCGCGCCGGAUGUUCGGGGACUCCGCGGGGACAGCUUGGUGCAGCGGCGUCUGGACAAGCGGGACAUUAUUUUGAAGACAAUGUCUGGAAGUUUCUACUUUGUAAUAGUUGGUCAUCAUGAUAAUCCAGUAUUUGAAAUGGAAUUUCUACCUUCUGGAAAAGUGGAGUCCAAGGAUGAUCAUCGUCAUCUCAACCAGUUCAUAGCUCAUGCUGCUCUUGACCUAGUAGACGAGAACAUGUGGCUGUCUAACAACAUGUACCUGAAGACAGUGGACAAAUUUAAUGAAUGGUUUGUUUCUGCUUUUGUCACUGCAGGACAUAUGAGAUUUAUUAUGCUUCAUGAUGUAAGACAAGAAGAUGGAAUUAAAAACUUCUUUAGUGAUGUCUAUGACUUGUAUAUAAAGUUUGCAAUGAAUCCAUUCUAUGAACCCAAUUCUCCUGUUCGAUCGAGUGCAUUUGACAGAAAAGUGCAAUUUCUUGGGAAAAAACAUCUUUUAAGCUGAAUACUUUUAAAUAGACUUUAUUGUACCUUCAUGAAUAUCUGAACUGUAAUUAACUUAAAUAACCUGGUAAGUUUUCAGCAUGUUUGACAUCUUUUUGAAGAUUUAAGACAAAUCAGAUGCCCCAUAAUUUUUUUCCAGUGACAACUAAAAACCAGUUGAGCUUUUGGGGUUAUGAGAAAUACUAUAAAAAUCCUUCCAGGUGCCAUGUGUUAAAGUGUUUAAACAAACAAGUCAGUAUAAACAGUGGUAGUAAAUCAAUUGCUGUAUUCCAAAGUUAGAGGCAUCAGUAUAUCAUGGUUGCCUUAUCACUUCAGAGAUGAAAAGCAGAUCUCUUCUGUUUAUGUAGCCUGUUGGAAAGAAAUCCGAUCUAAAUGCAAAAAAGCUUGUGGGGGUGGGGGGUAUAUUUCACAAUUAUAUGACUUAGCACCAAGAAGAGGGAAGUUCUUAAUUGUUAGAUCUAAAGGGAGAAAUAUUGGUUAACUUAGGAAGAUUAAAGCUUGCUAUGUUUGUCACAGUCCUUAAAUAGGAAACUCUUGCACAGCACAAUACCAGACUAAUUCCCCCCUCCCCCUGUCAUGUGAGCCACAGAGCUGCAUCCCAGAAUGCUGUGGUUAAAGAAACAUCUGGGGCUAGUACUUAAGACCUUGCAAUACUAUUUUCCAGUAAGUCAGCAACUCUCAAUCUGCUUUUUUUUAAUAAGAUCAAAACUGCUGAACAAUGUACUGCAUGGUUGAUGCAAGGAUCCUAUACCUGCACAUCGGGCCAAUGAAGGAAUAAAGAAAAUAUAUCAAAAGAUUUACAGACAUUCUUCCCUAACUUAAGCUGUUUCUUUUCAGGACAGUGCUUAAUCAUAUAUCUAAGUUCUAUUGAAGUAAAUAGAAGUUGAGUGUUGAAGCGCCCUCCUGAAUAGGGAACUUGAACUAUUUUUUGAGGUUGUUUAGGGUGCAAGGCAGAGUUUGGACCAUUCUGUUUACUAUUCAGCACUACAAAAUAUAGUAACUUUUGCAAGCAGGUAUCUUUUUAUACUGUCAUUCCAAAAUAUUGUAUAAUUUUAAAAUGAAUAGCAUAAUACAGAAAGCAGAUACACAGCUAAAUAAUGCUAAGAUACUUUGGUUCAGUUUACAGUACAUGUCCAUUAUUUUGCACAUUAUAUAAACUGAUUUCUCUUAGCAUUGGCUUAUUAAAUAUGUGAAAGACCUCAAAAGUGACUGAAGACCUGGUUGUUUCAGAAACAUUUUGUAUUGUCCAUUUAAAUUGUUUUAGCUGUAUAUUUAUCCAAGCCUCAUUUUAAGAGCUGCUUAUUUCUAAAAUGUCCCAGGAAAAAUGGAAGAUAUCAAGAGGUCCUGCUAUUUCUUUCAAAUAAUUUUAUUUGACAUGGCAUGGUGUGAACACUCCAACUGCACAUAUACUACAAAUGAGUUGAAAGGAGAUCAUUUUAUGAUGUGAUUAAAAGAUGUCUCCCCCCCCCCCCCCCAUGAGGACAUCCUUGCUCCAUUGGUGCUUAUAGAUUUGUAUAAUAAAGCUCUGUGGUUUUGACAGGCUGCUGUAUCACAGUAGAUGUAAAAGGUAAAAUCUGAAACCAACAGGUAAAGAUUCUGAAGACAAUUUAAUCUUAAGCUUUUGAAAAAAAUCAGUAUAAGUGGAAAACUGGUCUUGUUUUGAUAGGAGACAGUUUUUCAAAUAUAUUUCAAAUGAGAAAUCAAACUUCUUAGCACAUUGUUUAACAUGACUUUAUUACUAAGAUAAGCUGUUGGUUUGUUGAACCUAUUCUUUUCACUCCAGAGUCUAAAGCUCCAAUGGCAAUUAUUUUACUUUAACUUCUGUACAUAGCAGAUAGUAUUUUAGUAUACAGUUACAGUACGGCUAGUUUGUAUAUGUAUUGUUUCAGAUUUAAAAUUUCCCAGUGCUUUGUUAAAAAAUAAAAUACCCCGACAUUGUUUGAA